AUGCUGUCCAAGAGACUUCUUAACUCUAUUGUGAACACCGCUAAGGUUUCACAAAAUGCCCUCACCACCUCAGCCAGAGUAUCUGCUGCUUCUGGAUCUGAAGUGUCCAAGAUUCUUGAAGAAAGAAUUCUCGGAACCGAGACCAAUGUCAACUUGGAAGAGACCGGAAAGGUACUCUCUAUCGGAGACGGUAUCGCCCGUGUCUAUGGAUUGAAGAACAUUCAAGCCGAAGAAAUGGUUGAAUUCGAUUCCGGAAUCAAGGGAAUGGCUCUUAACUUGGAACCCGACAAUGUCGGAGUUGUAGUCUUCGGUAACGAUAAGGUUAUCCGUGAAGGAGACAUCGUCAAGCGUACCGGAGCUAUCGUCGACGUUCCAGUCGGAGACGGACUCCUUGGACGUGUCGUUGAUGCUCUCGGAAACCCCAUUGACGGAAAGGGACCCAUCCCCAACACCAAGCGUACUCGUGUUGAAGUUAAGGCCCCAGGAAUCAUCCCCCGUCUUUCUGUCCGCGAACCUAUGGUUACUGGAGUCAAGGCUGUCGACUCCCUCGUACCUAUCGGACGUGGUCAACGUGAAUUGAUCAUUGGAGAUCGUCAAACUGGUAAGACCGCUAUUGCCAUUGAUACCAUCAUCAACCAAAAGAGAUUCAAUGACGGAAACGACGAGUCCAAGAAGCUUUACUGUAUCUACGUUGCUGUUGGACAAAAGAGAUCCACCGUCGCUCAAAUCGUCAAGCGUUUGAGUGAUGCCGGAGCCAUGGACUACACCAUUGUUGUCUCUGCUACCGCCUCUGAUGCCGCUCCACUCCAAUUCUUGGCUCCAUACUCUGGAUGUGCCUUCGGAGAACACUUCCGUGACAAUGGAAAGCAUGCUUUGAUCAUCUUCGACGAUCUUUCCAAGCAAGCCGUUGCUUACCGUCAAAUGUCUCUCCUUCUUCGUCGUCCCCCUGGUCGUGAAGCCUACCCAGGAGAUGUCUUCUACCUUCACUCUCGUCUCCUCGAACGUGCCGCCAAGAUGAACAAGUCCCUCGGAGGAGGAUCCAUGACCGCUCUCCCCGUUAUUGAGACCCAAGCCGGAGAUGUAUCAGCUUACAUUCCAACCAAUGUCAUUUCCAUCACUGAUGGACAGAUCUUCUUGGAGACUGAGCUUUUCUACAAGGGAAUCAGACCAGCUAUUAAUGUCGGUCUCUCUGUAUCACGUGUAGGAUCUGCUGCCCAAACUAAGGCUAUGAAGCAAGUCGCUGGUUCCAUGAAGUUGGAGUUGGCUCAAUACCGUGAGGUAGCUGCUUUCGCCCAGUUCGGAUCUGAUCUCGAUGCUUCCACUCAACAGCUUCUUAACAGAGGAGUUCGUCUUACCGAGCUUCUCAAGCAAGGACAAUAUGUCCCAAUGGCCAUUGAAGUCCAAGUUUGCGUUAUCUAUGCCGGAGUCAGAGGACAUCUUGAUAAGAUUGACCCAUCAGCCAUCACCAAGUUCGAGAGAGAAUUCCUCGCCCACAUCACCAGCACUCAACAGGAUCUUCUCAAGACAAUCCGUGAAGAUGGACAGCUCACUCCCGCUUCUGAGGCUAAAUUGAAGGAUGUUGUCACUAGUUUCUUGGCCACUUUCAAACAAUAG